AGCACUUCACAUACAGUAAUCUAGUAUUCAAAACCACAUAUCCUGCCAAAUAUGAAAUCUUCAAUCAUUUGCUGCAUCUUAGCAACAGUGGUGCUCAGCUUCUGCGUACUCAGUACCGAAGCCGGCUUACGCAAACCAAAGAAACUCACGCCAGAGCUGGAAGCGAAAUUCGAGGUACUCACCGCCUGGAUUGCCUAUCGCCUCAACUUGAAACACGCCAAGGAAGCUUGUAUUGGUGAAUACGGUUUUACGGAUGAGCUCGCUACCAAUUUGGUCAAAAUUAAGGUUGCCAAUCCCAGUGCCAAUGAGAAAUGUUACGUGAACUGUCUCUACAAUAAGCUCGUCUUCUACAAGGAUAGCACCAUCAAUAAGCAAGCCAUGAAGGAGUCACUGUAUGAAAUUGUCGGUGAGGAGCGUCUCAUGAAUAUUGUCAAUUCAUGUAUGAAUGCUGGUGGCGCUAAUGACUGCGAUAAGGUGUACAAGUUCCAUGCAUGCGCCUCGCCUGAAUUCGAUAAGGUGCGCAGUGAUAUCUUCUUGCCAGAUGAAUAAGGAGGGUUGUGGGGCAUGGAGCUAAGGUGGAGAACGGUUGAAGGGAGAAAGAGAGAGGGCGGAUAAAAAUACUCAAGACGUAAAAUAAGUUAUCCUAAUAGUUAAGAAAUUUAUGUACAAUAAUUCGAAAUAAGAUAUUUAAAAUAAAGUUUGGA